ACAUGUUUUGUUAGUAAUGUUUUCCGAUAACAUCCUUACAACAGGAGUACAAUGUUAUGAAAACGUUUUGUGCUACCUGGGAAUGUGUUUUCUAUAUUAAAUCUUCUGGACUACUUUUACACCCUGAAGAAUAAAUAAAAGUCAUUUGAAUGCAAGCACUUUCACUUAUAUACGUACCAUAGGACCGAUUUGCAUUUAGUCGCUUCUUUACUAAGGACCUAUUCUAACCCGGAUCCUUACCGCCCCGGACUACGUUCACACCCACCCGGACAUUACACCCACCCGGACAUUACACCGACCCUAACCACACUGGCACCUAUCGGCUUCCGUACGAUUGUGACUAUUGGCCUGUGAAUGACGGUAGGUUUUUUGGUGAUGGAAUAUUGGGAUUGGAUUCAGUGAGGGCUAUUGAAUUCUCAUGGGCGUAUUUUAGUACACACAAAGCGAAAGUAGACAAUUGUUUUUUGAUAAUGAUCCGAUUCAACAAAUAAAGAUGGAUUCAAAGGUUUCCAGCAAAUGUAGCAAGUUUAUAGUCGCUGCCAUUAACUUUGGAAACACAUAUUCCGGAUACGCAUUCUCUUUAAAACAUCACUGGGGUAAAGUGCUGACCAAUGCAUGGCAAGGAGGGUCACUCCUUUCUCACAAGGCCCCUACAUGCCUGCUUCUGAAGAAGGACUUCUCGAUAUCUUCGUUUGGAUACGAUGCUGAAGACAAAUAUUCAGAUCUUACAUCAGAAAACAAACACAAGGACUAUUAUUUUUUUCAGCGGUUUAAAAUGAUUCUUCAUGAAGAUGUCUCUGUAAAACGGCACAUUCAAUGCCAGGACAUUAAUGGCGAAACUAUAGAGGCUGGUAUUGUCUUUAUGCACUGCAUCAAGUACCUGAAAAAUCACCUUUAUGAACAAAUAAAGAAAAGUUUUUUGAACACCAAGGACGAUGACAUUCAGUAUGUGUUGACUGUGCCAGCCAUAUGGGGAGACAAAGCGAAAAUGUUCAUGAGGGAAGCUGCAAUUAAGGCAGGGAUUAAACAGGCGGAUUUGGUCAUAGUGCUGGAACCAGAGGCGGCAUCUAUCUACUGCCAAUACUUGCACAUUGCUAAAAAUGACAGUGCAUCUUUGGCUUUGGGAGUCGUCAAACCAGGCACAAAGUACAUGCUGGUUGACCUCGGGGGUAGUACAGCAGAUAUCACAGUGCAUCAGAAGUGCGAAGACAAUACUUUGGAAGAAAUUCUUCCAGCAAGUGGAGGACCGUGGGGAGGAAAAUCUGUGGUGGAUGUCUUUAUGAAAUUUAUGACAGAAUUAAUGGGAGAAAAAGUCAUGAAAGAUUUUAAGAAAGAAAGCAUGGAAGAUUAUCUUGAAAUUAUGAGAACUUUUGAAUCAAGGAAAAGUACUAUAAAACCCGAUGAGGAUGGGGAUACACACAUGACUAUACCACGAGCCCUUUUUAAGUUAUGCACAAAAUCAAAUGGUGUCAAAGAUUUCAAAGAUGUCAUUGAUAAACACGAAAAGUAUAGAAAUGAUGUGAAAUAUGCUGCAGGAAGACUUAAAUGGGAAAACAAAUAUUUUCGGGGAUUUUUCAAGAAAACUAUUGACAGCAUUGUCAAACAUAUUGACGAGUUGUUUGAAGAGGAUGUUGUUAGAGAUGUUGACAUCAUCGUAAUGGUUGGAGGCUUCUCAGAAUGCAUGCUGGUUCAGGACGCAAUCAAAAAGAACUUUGAUCAGAAAAUUGUCAUUGUACCAGAGGAUGCAGGAUUAGCUGUAGCCAGGGGUGCUGUAUAUUUCGGUCAUGUCCCUGACGCCAUAUCGCGGCGAUCGGCACCGUAUACUUAUGGAUUCCAGACGUGGCCAGAAUUCAAGGCAGAUCGUCAUCCAAAGGAGAAAAAGGUCGAGAUCCAAGGAUCCAUGCGGUGUCGUGAUGUUUUCUUCAAGGUCAUCACAAAAGGUGAGAAGAUUAUGCCAGGACAUUUGAAAUCCCAAGUCUUCCAGGUCUUGAAUAGCGGGAAACAAUGUCUGGAGUGUGGCGUAUUUAUUUCCGAUUCAACGAAUCCUAAUUUUGUUGAUGAUCCUGGCUGCAGAAUGCUUGGGAUUCUGCAAGUUCCAUUAUCUGGUGGGGGCGAGCAGACAACCUCUGUAAUCGAGGAAUCCUUGAUUUUUGGUGAAACUGAGUUGAGAUUUCAAGCCAGAGAUGUUUAUACUAAAGUAAACCGCGAGGUUAUUUUUGAUCUCCACAAAGACUGAUCAAUAACUAUCCAAUGGAAGGAGACACCAUAAAGACAGUGAAUCAAUUGUGACAAGUAAAACGAUAAACAACAACAAAUACAACAAGCAUACGUGUUUAUUUAGGGGUCUCAAGUAGGUAUGGUUUAUUUUAAACCAUACAAAUUAUAUUUUGAGUCCUUUUCUUUACAAAUAUUCUCAGGUAAUUAAAUCUCCUUACUGAAGUUUGUAGACUAUUGUUUUUGCUCGGUUCUUAUUCCUUCUUUCUCACGCCUAAAAUUGUCUUAAGUAGCCAUUCUCCGUAACCCAUUAAUGAAAGUAUCAGAUACUCAAAGAUAUCAUAGGCUAAUGUAUUGAUAAACUAGUUUUGCAAAAAUGGUAUAAUCUUUACUCAUUACAACCCGCACUUUUAAUCUACACAAAAUAACUACCAUAAAGCCGUAAGCCAGGCGAGCUUGUUGGGGCAGCCGGCGUUUAUUAUGUAACGCCAUACAAAUGCACAUAUAUACAUACAAUGCUAUAUUUUAUAAACGACACUAACUUGUACGGUAUUGUGAAACGAAAACAUGAAGUACUGCUUUGUUUAAAAUUUUAAACCCCCAUCACUGACGUUAAAAACCGCCCAGGAAAAAACAUAGAUGGUUAACUAUGGAAACCUGUGUCCGCACAAGUGUAAAUAACGUCUCUGGGGCAAUGCCGGACGAGCAUUUAAGCAGUACUGUAGUAAUAAACAUUGAAAAAUGAUAGUAAUUUGAGGUAAUCUUUGAAAAUUUGAUAUUUAAAAAAUAAAGCUCGAGCGCCUCGUGUGAAGCGUUGACUUAGAAUGACCAAACACGAGACUAUUACUCGAAUUCACUACAAUUCUAUUGGCCUUCCUAUGGCCCCGCCUACUUUUUUUCGCAUUGAUACGUUUCUAUCAUACAAGAUUUUCCCGCUAUUCUACGAAACACGGGAAAAAUCUAGUAUAAUCUUUACUCAUUACAACCCGCACUUUUAAUCUACACAAAAUAACUACCAUAAAGCCGUAAGCCAGGCGAGCUUAGAAUUUAAGUCGUCCAAAAGUUAGAUAUGAAAAGCAAAAUAUAAAUCAAAAUGAAUAAUCUUUCACAAACAUGAAAAUAAUGAACUAUUGAUGUUACAAUCCCAGAUUUUUUGAAACUGACAUCCGAUUUUCAAUACUGUCUUUGAUAUAACCGUCUUUUGAGGAAUCUGAAAUCCAACGUCCGUGCUUUUUCCAAAUUCUGUUUUUAAUAAACUUGCACCACUUGCUAAAUGACGACAUAUAUUUUUUACACGUAUUAACACUUUUUGAUUUUAUGAGAAAUUCACAUAGUUUCUUUGCUAAGAGGACGUUGUUUGAGUCGUCCAGGGUAAUUCCAGUGGCGCUCACAAUGUCCUCUAUGUUCUUCUCCAAUCUUAACUCUGAAAAUAAAUACAUUAACGAAAAUAAGCCUUUAGUCAAAUUCUAAUCAUACUAUUACCAUAUCGAAGAUGUUGGAACUCCCAAAUAUUUCGUUUUCUCCCUUGCCCUUUUGGGUAAUAUAAGACGUAAAAUACUUUUUGUCUUGAACGCCAUUCUCCCAUGUAUCCCCCUUUUUAAGCAUUGGCCAAAAAGGUGCAGAUUUCCACAACGGAGUAACUAAACUCCCCCCCCCCCCCCCCCGUCUGAUAUGAGUUUAUUUAUUGUUUUACAAAUAAGUCUAGGUGGAGGUACUAGCCAGUUAUUGUCCUCUCCCCAAAAUUGCUUAAAAGCUUCUACCCCACUGGUGUUAGAACACCACCAUCUUGAAUUAAAUUUAAUACACUUGGUAUUAUAAUCUGUUGCGAACCUGUCGCAUGUGUGAGGCCCCCAUAGAGUAUCCAUUUCUUUGAAAAUGUGAUUUUUGAUUCCCCAGUCAUCACUAUCGUAACAUCUACUCAACGUAUCCGCAUGGACAUUUUUAUUUCUUGGUACCCAAACACAGUUAAGUGCGACGUUGCUGUGAGAACAUUUCUUACGAAUUUCUUGUGCAAUCCUAUGCAAAUGAGGCUUUCUACUGCUCACCUCUAAUAUUCUACUGACAUUUUUACUGUCUGUGUGCCAAUCUACACUUUCUCCAUGAAUACUUUCUCCUAUAGUAUUCAAUGAUCUAUUAACAGAUUCUAGUUCUCUCGCAAGUAGAACUCUCACAAGAUUCCUCACUUGUCCACAAUCCUAUGACUUCUGAAUUAUCAUGGCCUUCUAUAAAUGCACCGUACCCAGUAUCUGAUGCAUCGCUAUAGACGUUCAAGUUCGAGUUACUCUUGCGAACUCGAAUAUGAUCUGAAUUAAGGCUCGACAGAUUUUCUCUCCAAAAUUUCAAUUCCUCUACUGACCCUGAAUUCAACUCAAUAUAAGAGUGCCAACUGAAUCUUGACAAAAUAUCUUGAUACAAACACCUUGUGUAAAAAUUUACCGCGUGUCCUACCGCGGCUUCCAUAGAUAUAAGCUGACCUGUGAUGCUAGCAAUAGCCCUAACGUGGAACCUGUUUUGACCGGUUUGAAUUAGUUUUAAAACAUUUUUUAUACAAUUCAUUACCUUCUCAAUUCGCUCAAAAGUAACUUUCAAAUUACCUGUCUCUGUAUUCCACUCUAAACCCAACCAAACAACUUUUUGUUUUGGAUGCCAUUCACACUUAGAUUCAGCAAUCACAAAACCCAAUUCAGAAAGAUCCUUUCUUACAAGUCUACUAAUAGACUCUGCUUCUGAAAAACUAUUAGAUCCUGCCAAACCAUCAUCCAAAUACAUGAUCACUUGUAAUCCUAAACUCCUCCAAUACUGAACAACUUUUCUCAAAACUUUUGUAAAAAUAAAGGCUGCCGAGGAAAUGCCAAAAGGUAAAACAUUAAACACGUAAUAUUUUUUCUGACCAUCAUGCUCCCAAUGAAAACCCAAAUAUUUUCUGUGUUCUUCAAAAAUUUCUAUAUGAUGAUAUGCAGACUUAAGGUCGAAACUAAACAAAAAAUAUCCUGUAUCAAAAAGUUCCCGAGCAGUUCUAGUAUCUUCCAUCCGAAAUACAAAAUCAUGAAUGAACUUAUUGAUGUGUCUGCAAUCUAAGACUAAGCGUGGUUUACCUGAUUUAUUGAAAGCCACGGUCAAUGGAUUGACCACAAAGGGAAUGUGAGUUACCUGUGUUAUACAAAGUUUCUGAAGAAGCUUUUGAAUUUCUUGGUAAACAAUACUCACGUUGUAUCUGGCAGAUUUGUUGUUGUUAAAAAACUCACUUGAUGGAACGUGCUUAAAUGGAAUUCUGUAACCAUGCUCUAUAAUACUCAAGACAUAAUUGUCCGUACAAAUGCCCUUCCAUUUCGACAAAUGCAUUUUCAAACGUAAAUAUGGACUGACAUUUUCAGUAUCGUGAACAUUUUCAGAAACUAUAAACUGACUAUUUGUUGUAUCAGCUUUAACAGAAUUGCUAUUGUAAUGAACUUUAGCAUUUUCAUCUAUAAUACUUGUACUUAUCUUUACUAGCGUUUCCUUGUUACAGUCCCGUGCCCAAUGCCCCGGGAAGCCGCACUUGAAACAGGUCCCUGGCUUCUUGUUGCUGUCACUUUUGUUUGACUUCUCAGAUGUUGAUUUGUCAGGAGUUGUAUAAGGUGCGAAUCUGCUUUGAAAUCUGGCUUUUUGAGCUCGUUCUUCCUUCAACUUCUUUUCCGCGCGCAUCUCUGCUUUAAAUAUUCUUUUCUCGUCUUCCUCGUCCGAUGCGAGCUCGUGCUGAGUAUAUUCUUGUACUGUUCUCCAACCAUUUUUUGACGAGUCAGCAAGUUUUACUAGCUUUUGUCUAUCGUCUAUAAGCUCUAUACCUUCCGUAAUGCUUUGGAAAGCGGCCUCGGCUUCACCUUCGUUGAUGUGGGUGUUGGCCUGUACCAUUUUAUCUCUCACGGUGUUGUUAAACUUUAACUGUGCCUCGUUGCCUUUUCUUUUAAAAACGAAAGUCUUAUCGGAAGCCGCUUGAAUUUUGCACAUUUGUUGUUCGUGUUGUUGUUUUUGUUGCUUCGAGAUUUUCACCUCCAAAGAAGCCAAUUUGGAAUCUAUAACGUCUGAGACUAUAGAUAACAAUAUACCCAUUUGUUGGGACUCCAUUUUGCUGCUCCAAAAGUAAAGUUCGAGCGCCUCGUGUGAAGCGUUGACUUAGAAUGACCAAACACGAGACUAUUACUCGAAUUCACUACAAUUCUAUUGGCCUUCCUAUGGCCCCGCCUACUUUUUGGCGCAUUGAUACGUUUCUAUCAUACAAGAUUUUCCCGCUAUUCUACGAAACACGGGAAAAAUCUAUUUUUGUUUUCAGAUGGAAGGGGGGUAUGGUACAUUGGGGGGAGGGGGAUCUAACAUAAGAAUUCUAUGAGGAAAAUUAAUUGCAAAUUCAACAGAUAUAACUUGAAAAAAAAAUACGACAGAUAGAGUCCUAGGGUCUUCUGAAAUGAGAAGAGAAUGUCGGACCCUACAAACUAGUAUCAAGGCUAAGGGACUCCAGCGACCUUGAUCUCUGACCAUGAACAUAAAAAGUGGUAUAAUGUAACUUUAGAAUCGGGACUGAUAGCGACAUUGGGUCAUCAGAAAUGAUAAGAGAAUGAUAGGACCUACAAUUUAGGUAAAUUGACUCCAGUGACCUUGACUUUGAACAUAAAACUGAUAAAUUACUCCAGAACCAGAUCUGAUUGAGACACGGGAUCUUCAGAAAUGAUGAUGGAACCUACAAAUUAAGAUCAAGGUCAUUCAAGUGAUUCCAGUGACUUUAACCAUAAACCCUAUAUGAAUUUAGAACCGGGAUUGAUAUUGACUUUGAAUCUUCAGAAAUGAUAAGAGGUUAAAAGCUAGUAUAAAGGUUAAAUGACUCCUGUGACCUUACCUGGAUCAUAAAAACUUAUUACUUUAGAAUGUAGACAGAUAGAGACAUGGACUUUUCAUGAUGUUGUGACCUACAAACUAGAGUCUGCCUUGACAUUUGACCUUGAUCAUAAAAAUCUCUUAUUACUUAGAUAUCAUUGGGACCGAUAGACAUGGAAUCUUCAAAUGUGAUAAAAGGAUGUUGUGACCUACAAACUAGUAUCAAUGUCAAGUAACCUUGAGCUUUUACUCAUAAACAUCAAAAUGUAAAUAAACAUAUUUUCGUAACUGAUUGACAGGCAUGUUCUUCAUCAAUUAUUUUUAAUGUUUUUCAUUGGCACUAAUUUUGUGCAAGGAAGUUAUCAAUAUCGGGGGGGGGGGGUAAUAGUACUUAGAAAAAGUCCUCUUUUAUACAGUCAAUACAUUGUUUCGGAUAUGUUUUCUAAUCAUCGUUUAUGAUAAUCGUUUGAUAUUCAUAUCUUGUCUUUCAUUUGUAGUGCUAAAAUAAAAUUCAUCAAAUAAUAAUUUGAAAUGUGUAUUCAUCACGGUCGGUGGUAUAAUGGAAUAUCUUCGAAGAAUGAUAAUGAUACCAUUGAAGGAGAUAUUAUGUAAACAUAGUGAAAUAAUUGUGACAUAGAAUAAAAGCAUCUGUACAUGUU